AUGGAUAAAGAUGAAAUAAUUGAAGCAUAUGCCAACACCGUCAAGGAAUACAUAUUGGAUGAAGAUAAAUUAGUGACGUAUAUUACUUUAAGUAAAGAUUUAUGCAUACAUGUUAAUAAUUCUAAAAAAUUACUACAGCAUGUAGUUCAAAAUCUUCAAACAGAAAAGGCAAAUAUUAAACUUAAUGUCAAUUAUAUAGUGUCAGGUUUAUUAGAAGACAAUAAAGCGCAGACAAAAGUAUGUACAAAAGAAGAUCUAAAUAUUGUCAAAACAUCGUUCAAGAUUUUGUUUUAUGAUCAUAUAUAUAGUGUUUGUAAGGGUUCUCCGGUAGUUGACAAUGUGUCGUAUCUAUUGCUAACCAAAUUUGACGAUUUCAACCUAUGUUCUGGACAAAUUAAAGGGUCUGAAUGUGUUAAGAGGUCUACAGCAGAAAUCGGAAAUUUAAAAACUAGCAGCCAGGAACAAAUAAUUAUAGAAACUAAGCCGUUAAUAACACCUGCAAAGAAAAAUAAAACAGGAAAUAAAGAUCCAAAGUUAGAAAAUGGUGAGGAUACUAAAAAUGGAAUUCAAUCAGAAGUUCCACCCUCCACUGUCAAGACUGAACCUGUUACGCCUAAAAAGGAACCAACUCCUACAAAACAAAUGACCAAUAAAACUAACGGUCAUAAAACACAAAAAGGAAUAGCAGGUUUUUUCAAUAAGCCAAGUAUUCCUGAAAUUAAAAAAGCACCAAAAGAAACAAAACAAAUUAAAUCAGGCAAUGAGUUAAAGGAAACUAUAAAAACAGAAGAACAGCCUAUGGAAGUAGAUAGUAAACCAGAAGUAAUAGAUAAAAAAGUUGUUAAAGAUGAAUCAAAAACUAAAAGUGACAAUGUAAUAUUGAAUAAGAUCAAGAAAUCUUCUAAAGUUGAUAAAAAGCGCAAAAGAGUUUUGCAUGUUUCAGAUAGUGAUAGUGAUACAGAGAAUGAUCCGUUUGUUGAUAAUUUGAAUUCAAAUAUCGAUUCAAUUGAUCAUUCUGAUGACGAAAUACCGGCGACACCAUCAGCUAGUAUUGUUAAAAUUACUACAGGCAUCGCUAACCCUAAGAAAAAGAGAAAAAUUGUUAAUAAAACCUAUACAGAUGAAGAUGGUUAUAUUUUAACUAAGAAAGAGGAAGUAUAUGAAAGCUGUUCAGAAAAUGAGGACGUCCCAGUAAAAAAUGCUAAAGUUAAGGAAGAAAAGUCAGAUACAUCGCCAAUAACAAAGACUGUUCAAAAAACUACAAAGAAAAAAGUAUCACCACCUCAGAAGGGUAAACAGUCCACUCUUACAAAUUUCUUCAAAAAAGUUUAG